CAAGUCAGACUCAACGCGAUUAUCAGAAAUGUUAAUAAAGAUUGCUGUUGAGGUCCCUUCUACCAGGCUGUACGUGGAGGCAGCGCUGAUACCUGUCCGUCAGGUCCAGCUGAUCCUCAUUUUUCAAGGCGUCGGCUUGAACAUGUUGCGUGGCGUGGACAGUCAACGGUGAAGCCAACCAAAGGAUCUUCUGUUUUUUUCCGAUGGCACCUAACACCUCCUGUUUCAUAUCGGACCUGUCUGAAUGGAGGACGCGCUAAAAGAGACGGUAUGGCCACAGAAAGUAAUACCUGUGACUACAGCCACAAUGUCACCUUCUUCUACAACCUUGUGGCUAAGAAGAUCAGUGUGGGAUGGAAUACACGGGACUAUAUUGUCAUUGGACUGGGCUUGACAGUAUGUGUUAUUGUACUCCUGGCCAACCUGCUGGUGAUGGUAGCCAUUUUUAUGAACCGCCGCUUCCACUUUCCCAUCUACUACCUCCUUGGCAACAUGGCUGCAGCAGAUCUGUUUGCAGGUAUUGCCUAUACCAACCUGAUGUUGAACACAGGCCCCUGGACCAGAACACUUACCAAGCAGCAGUGGUAUGUCCGUGGGGCUUUGAUUGACAUCAGCCUCACAGCCUCUGUUGCCAACCUCCUUGCUGUAGCUGUGGAGCGACACCAGACCAUCAUCACCAUGCAGCUUCACAGCAAUAUGCCCAAGCGGCGUGUGGUGUUAUUGAUAGUCUGCAUAUGGGCCAUAGGUAUCAUCAUGGGCCUCGUGCCGACAUUUUGGAACUGUGAGUGUGAUCUUGAGGACUGCUCCACUGUUGCGCCGCUCUACAGCCGCCGCUUCCUUGUCUUCUGGGCAAUUCUCAACCUGCUCACUUUCUUCAUUAUGGUGGCCGUGUACGCUCGUAUCUUCAUCUAUGUGAGAUACCAAAGUGAGAACACGUCUCAACACACCUCCAAGAUGCGACAACAGGCUAUUGUCAACCUGAUGAAAACAAUCUCCAUGGUUCUGGGUGCCUUUGUAAUCUGCUGGACACCCGGCCUCGUGACUCUCUUACUGGAUGGACUACUGGGUAAAGGCAGUCAUGCCAGCCACUAUGAGAAAUACUGUUUGGUCAUAGCCGAGUGCAACUCUCUGGUCAAUCCUAUCAUCUAUUCCCUGCGGGAUGACGAGAUGCGGAAGACGUUCAAGUGGAUUCUGUGCUGUCUGUGUCGGAGAGGUGCUCCUCAGCAGAGAGAACAUUCACUUGUUAGAAGGAGCACUUCAAUACCAGAGGGAAAUCUUGACUGUGACCUGAAGUCAGGAGAGACCAUGUGUUAGGAUGACAACACGAAAAGACAACACCUGGUCAGUGUCCAGGUUACAAUGGUAGUUCAAAAAUACUGUAAUAUAAGCAAGAUGUAUAUGUUUAUUCUGCUAGACAGCUAAUUUCU